AUGCCCGAAAAGUAUGCACUACAUGGUCUGGAAUCUGCAAGGAUAUCUGCAAAGACGUCUGGAAUCUGCAAGGAUAUCUGCAAAGACCCAGCUAUGUGGCGUGUUAUUUAUGUGGAUGCUCCUUUGUAUCCAGGUGCAAGACAGACACGUGAGGAGACGUGUAAGUAUGUUCUGGAAAAAAGCCAAGGCCACUUGGUAGAUCUCACCGUUGUGAAUUCUCAUGAUUGGGAGCUACUUUUACAUGUUUCUGAGAGAUCAAGCCAGCUGAAACGCCUGAAAUUUGCAUUGCUGGAGGAACUCAGCCUUUUUAAUACACCCAUACUUAUAAGAGGAAUCGAAAAGGCUGGCAAGUAUUGCAAGUUGCUAACAACACUAAAACUGAAUCAGAAACCCGAUCCAUACUCGGGAUGGAAUGAAGAUUACAUUGAGGAUGGUAUUGCCACAGCUAUAGGGGAAUGCUUACCUGGGUUAAGGCACCUUGAACUCAUUGGAAACAACAUGUCGGAUUAUGGGUUGAAGGAGAUUCUGGACGGUUGUCCUCAUCUUGAAUCACUUGAUUUGCGUGGGUGUUAUUACAUUAAACUCAAGGGAGCCCUAAGGAAAAGAUUGUUACAAUCCAUUAAAAAUCUUAAAAGGCCCAGGGACUCUCUUGAAGGCUGUCCAUAUAUCUAUGAAUAUCGUGAAUGGUUCCACUGA